AUAGCCGCCAUAGCCAUAGAUGUUCCGAGCAUCGAACAAGAGCGCCGUGUUGGCCGUGUUCCAAAAUUUGCUCAAUCUUGCACUAAAGUGCUAAAGUAAAACCGUAAAACGUUUCUACCUCGGCGUUCUAAAACCCAUUGGCGUCCGGCGUCGCUCAAGCUGGUUUGUCACGUCAUAUAACCUGCAAGAGUAAGAUUUGGAACGUUUAGAACACUGCACCAACUGCCAACUGGCAACUGCCGGCGCCUAGAACCAUAGCCGCCUGUAUACUCUUUGCUACAACCCUACAACUGCUACAACAAACUGUGGCUACAACCUCCUUGGCUACCUACAGCCGCUACAACUAGUUGCACACCGCCCAGUGGCCGAGUGCCCACCAAGGCGAUAGAUCAUGGACACCAUGGAUGCUGUCAGCGGCUGCGAUUACUGCGAUCAUGAGAACGGUGAAAUCGAAGCCGAGACCGAGGAGGCGCCCUUGCCGAAGAAACUAGUCCCAUUAGUGCGACGAAAAAAGAAGUAUCGAAUGAUUCGCUUCUGCUGCGUGCCGGGGUGCAGUGGUAAAGCGAGCCGCAUGCGCGCGGGCUUUGUGCUUCACUCGUUCCCGCAGCCCAAGGACAAGUUCAUGCGCGACGGAAAGUGGGUAAACAGACGCGAGGAGUGGCUCCGGAUGGUGGGGCUGAGCACCAAGACAGAGGUGACAAAGAGCAUGUUCGUCUGCACCAAGCACUUUGAGCGGGAGGACUAUUUUAACCCAGAUCUCGACGACAACAGGCGGAGCCUGAAGAGGGACGCCAUUCCGAGCAUGAACCUGCCGGAGCUGCCGCAGGAAAUACCGCAGAAACGACUGCAUAUGGUUUGGAUGCCUGCACGAGAAGGUGGCUCCCAAUCACCACAUACCCAGAUGGCGGCGUCUGCUAACGAGCUUCCUUAUUCCGACAUAACGUCAGCAUUGGCCCAGACUCGUAGUGCACUUCAAAAAGUUCUGGAGAUGAAGGAGUCGAGGCCGCCCCCGGAUUCGGACCACGUAAACGUAAAGAGGGAGGUUGUGGAGUCUCCGCCACAGGAUCAAAGUUUGGUCACCGUCAAGACGGAAGUUACGGACAACGGCCAUCUAGGAGCAUCGGAGGAGAGCUCGCUCAGGGAGGAUCAUGUCACGCCCAACUGUCCACUGCGCGGAGAGGACGAAUUUACGGUGGACGAAAACUGCUUGCUCCAGCUCUUCCGACAAUGCUCCACGUGCCGCGCUGCAUGCAGUGUUUCCUUAGUAGCUGAUGGAAACCAAGUGAUGGUGACUGCCACCUGUUCCAACACGCACCAGCGAAGUUGGACGAACGUGCGGUGAACAAAAUGGCAACAAUAAGAACCUUGGCCACCUUUAUUCUGAUCGCCUAUCAUGGCCUUCAAGAUACAGCUAUUGGUCGAAAUAGGUAUUGUCUAAUGUGACCCAAGUAAAGGCUGGUGUUGAUGCGACUUCACGUCUAGGGCCUGUGCCUGAACGCAAUGCAUGAUGACAUGAACGAGCUGUGAUGUGCAGCCACUAAGGCCCUAUUUGAUAAAAUGUGUACAUAUAUGUGUGUUAUGGUACGCUUUACAUUGUGCAUCGUACGUGUGAGCCACAGUCCUUAAGUUUUUGUUUGGAAGAGUACCAAGAAAUGUGGUGCUAAUUAAAAUAAUGGUAUCGGUUGAAACCAGCAGACAUGAAUCCCCAUUUCUUUCAGAAAAGGGCUUUUGGAUGGUGCCAUUUUUAGCAUGUGUGCAUAUGAUGCGCGCUUUGCUCGCUUUCCGAAACGAUGAACAUGCAUUCGCUGGGCUGUGGUGAUCGUACGCUGGGCUGUUGAUUUGUGAACAGUGGAAUGGUUAUAGUAUACUCGCUAAUUGAUACUUGUGGAUAGCACUUGCUUUUGGAUCCAAAUGUAUGACUGAGCUUUGUGUGUGCCUGAUGAAAUCGCGGUUUGAUUAAAGUAAUUGUGUUGUGUGUAUGUUUAUACUGCUGGACGUUAGUUAGCCCCACUGGGCGAUCUGGAGUCUUGGUUGUAGAUGAGAAAUUUAACCAGUUGAGUACCACUGCUAGCCUGGGGUCUUUGACGUGUACCAUGCAAUAGUGAUACACGUUUGUAUGCUGGUACGAUGCUCAUCCAGAUCUGAGUGGGCUGGUGUGGGGAUUGAACUCAGGAUCCCUGGGUUCUGCAGUGCAAGCUUUCGCUACAGGCACUCUGAACUGCGGUGCAUUAAUACAUUUGGCCGCCAAUCCCUCUGGUUCGCUUUAGAAAUGUAGGCGCUUUAUAUUAACUAGUUCAGUGGUCUUAGACAGAACACAGUUUUGCCAGUAAUUGGAGCUUAUGGUAACAUCUGCACAAGGGAAUAAUUAAAAUAUACCCAAUAAAGUUUUCUUCGAACAAUAAUUGUGAAAAACAUGAGCGCAUUUUGCUCCAUUACGAAAGUGUGAAAUUUAUUUUGAAGAUUGUUUUUACCGAAUAAAAUCAUGUACAAAUAUGUUUCGGUACCUUGUCGGUGUUAUUAUGUGCUGUCCAUUUUUUUGUAAUCUGUCUCCACUCCUAAGCUUGUUGUGUGGUACUGUAUAAUUUAAUUUCCAAUCUUGAUAUUAGUUUUAUUAGGAACUUCAUGCAUAUGUUUAUUAAAAAUUUCACUUGUAUACAGAGACCUUCUGAACUUGGACAAUCUAUACAAAAACAUUUGCAAUUUGAUGUCUCCAAGCAUCCAAAGUUUGAUAAGGUGUGCUGGUACUUGCUGUGGCAUAUUAGCUGUCUCCAAACUCGCUGGUGCAGUUUCUCCGAGUCAGUGAUUUAAACACCCGCUCACCCCACAUCCAGAAAUUUGUAACAACUCCAGAGUGAGAAUUCUGGAUAUAAACUACUGCUGUGAGCCAGGAGGAGAAUAGUCUCUAGGCUGUCCAGUCAAGCGAGAUGCUUAGAGCAGCAACUGGUAUACACUCACAUAUACCCCUUCCCUACUGCAGAUGGCAAGACCACCCCUGUUGCUCCAUUUACCUUGGGUUUGCUUGCUUGUGCUCUUUAAAAGCGUUCCAGCUAAAACAACAUGGCUUUGGCGCGCAGGUCCGCUUUAGGCAAGGAAGGGACAUAAAACCUUUUUGUAAGGUUCAGGCAUAUGUGAUGACGAAUCCCUUGGCCUUUUUGAUUUUUUCAGAAUCGGAUGGUACUUUGAUGGACGGUGACAGGAGGGAUCAGAACGGUAUGAACCCUGCUAGCAUUCAAUCAGCUUCAGCGUCUGCACAUCAGUGGGACUCUGACUAGAAGUUAUGAUUUAGAGCAAGAUAGCACCAUGAAAUCGAGGAAAUGGUUUGUCUUAUUUGAAUGCAAAUUGCGAGUAGACAAGUCAACAUAUUUGUUCCAUCGGUUGAUAAAAAUUAUACCAUGGUAUAAAGCGACAGAUUUAAAUUCUGAAGAUUGUCCACUCUAGAAAAUUGGUCAAAUAUGUGGGGUACCAUAGUCACCUUACAAUAAAAUGUGUGUCGCACGUUUCA